AACUUCAAUCAACACAUAACAUUUACUACAUAUUUAAUUUUUAAGAUAUAGUAGUCAUGGCUUCCAACAAAUUCUCUGCCAUUAUUUUAGUGCUUUCUCUCCUUGCUUACUCAACAUUGACUGAGGCUAAUGGUUCAUGUCCACCAUCACCCAAGCCUAAACCACCACCACCUUCACCAAAGCCUUGUCCUACUCCGGCUUCCGCUCCACCUUCACCUUCACCUUCAUCCCAAGGUUCUUGUCCUAAAGAUGCCUUAAAGUUAGGGGUUUGUGCUGAUGUUUUAGGGUUGGUUAAUGUUAUUAUUGGAAAUCCUCCUUCAGGAAGUAAAUGUUGUGCAUUGAUAAAAGGUUUGACUGAUUUGGAAGCUGCACUCUGUCUUUGCACUGCACUUAAGGCCAAUGUGCUUGGAAUUAACUUGAAUGUACCAAUCACACUUAGUUUGGUCCUUAGUGCAUGUCAAAAAACAGUCCCUUCUGAUUUCCAAUGUGUUUAAGGAUUCAAAUUAUGUUUCUGUCUCGUUGUUGCAUAAGUAUGUACUAUAUAUAUGCAUGCACUAUAAUUGUGUUGUUAUUAUAGGAUUAUCAAAUGAGAUGAUUGCUAAUAUCAUAUUUCAUUCGAAAUUAAAUAUAAAUAAAAGGAAAUAUUUGAAAAGUUAAUAUAUUUAGUCUAAUAUAGAUUAAAUAUAUAUUUUUUAAAUAUUUAAUUUAUUUAUAUUUUAUUUUAGAUGAAGUAUUAUGUUACAUUCAUAACAUAUGCUCUUGUUCUAUUAUGGGUUGAAAUUCAUGUGGCACAUUCGCCUUGGAAAUGUGACCAACAUGAAUUAAUAAAACUCAAUAAUAUAAAUAGUGCUGAAAAGAAAGUGUAUGAGUUUGCUAACUCUUCUCUUUUUCAUUUUUAUCGUUUUAUUUAUUUAUUAUUAUUUUAUGGAGUUUUGUUCAAAGAUUUGUGUGGAUUUCUUAUCUUAUUUCGUGAAACUAA